AUGGGAUGCGGAAUCAGUCAAAACAAAGAAAAUGAGAGGAUUGGUGCAAUAUUCAAGGCUAUACGACACGAAAGGUUUCCACUGGCUACAGAUCUAAUUUCAAAAGGCAAAGGGGUUGAUUAUAUUAACUAUUUUGGUAGUACGCCAUUAAUAGAAACAUGUAAGUACCGCAGAAAUUCAAUCAGAAAACGGAGUAUAGUGGAAUGUGACCGAGAGUCUUUUGUUAGAUUCCUGAUCGAAAAUACUUGUGAUAGCAGCAAAUAUGAUAUAUAUGGAUGGACAGCUCUUAUGUAUGCAGAAAGGAAUGGUCAUAGUAAAAUUGCUAAUAUUUUGGAGAAAAAAGAAGAAAAUACUUAA